AUGACUAAAAAGAACAACAACGAAAGGAUGGAGCUCACGAUAAAAAUGUUAAUGCUGGGGGAGAGUGGAGUUGGGAAAACGUCUCUACUUCUAAGGUUUACAGAGAAUAAGUUCUUUAAAGAUAUUACUUCAACUAUUGGGAUAGAUUUUAGAAUGAAAAGAAUGGAAUUUGAAGGGAUGAUGUAUAGACUUCAAUUGUGGGACACUGCAGGACAAGAAAGGUUUAGAACGAUUGUCACAAGCUAUUACAGAGGUGUAAGUGGUAUCAUUCUUGUAUAUGAUGUGACGUCCAAAGAAUCAUUUGAAAACAUCAAGUACUGGUCAGACAACGUCAACAAAAAUGCAGAAGAGUAUGUCGAACUCAUGUUGAUUGGAAAUAAAACAGAUUUGGAGCAGAACAGAGUCGUCUCUUCUGAACAAGGUCAAAUGUUAGCAGACACACUAGGAAUUCCUUUUUUGGAAACAAAUGCUAUAUCCUAUGAAAAAACAGUCUCUGUGUUUCGGUCUUUAUUGGGUAGAGUUAUAAAUAGAAAAAGUGGUCAGUGUUUGGACAAGUCUAAUCAUAUUAAUGUGAAUGACCAAGUAAAAAAGACGUUAACGUGUUGUUAA